CGUCUGCUGACUGUAUCCAGCCAAUUAAACUCCAAAACAGUAGAGGGCAAUGUCGAGGAUGUGUGACAGGCGUCGAAGAAAAAAACUUCAAAUGCGUCUCAGUAGCAGUAGGCGUGCAGUAGGAGUAGUUGAUCUAGAAUGACAUUUCUGUGACUCGUUUUGUUCGUUCGUUCGUUUACACUCGGAACGAUGUCCAGUGUUUUAGCAAGGAUUUUAUUUUAUCCCACACUCGCUUACAAUGUUGUCAUGGAAAAGGUCACCUCCAGACAAUGGUUUAAUCGCGUAGAUCAGACUGUCAUUCUUGGUGCUCUCCCAUUCAGGUCAAUGACAGAGGAGCUGGUCCAAAAAGAGAAAAUCAGAGGAGUCAUUACCAUGAAUGAACAAUAUGAAACAAAAUAUUUCUGCAAUUCAGCUGAGGAGUGGCGAGCUGUUGGUGUUGAGCAGAUCAGACUGGACACAGUGGACCUGACAGGUGUCCCCAGCCUAGAGCACAUCCACAAGGGUGUGGACUUCACUUUGAGACAUCGACAGCAAGGCAGUAGUGUCUAUAUUCACUGCAAGGCCGGCCGUUCACGCAGUGCGACUAUUGCAGCUGCAUACCUCAUCAGGCUACCACCGUUGGGUCCAGAGGAGCCUUCAGCCCAGCUGGAGGUGCUGCAGGAGUACUAUAAGCAAGUCUGUGCUUCUGAGUCCAGCUAGAAGAUACAGUGUACAAAUGCCAACAUUUAUGCUGAUUCUCAGUUGUUUUGUCCUUGCUGGAGUGCAUACUUUUAUAUAUAUUUGUAUAAGAUUUUGUGUACUAUACAUAAAAAAGACUUUAAGCCAUGA